AUGUCAAAAGCACCCUGGCAAUUCACCGCUUCAGAAGCCCUGCAGGCAUUCAGCAAAGACGAUCUAACAGUCGAGGACUACGCCAAGUCUUUAUUGAAGAGGAUCGAGGAGCGUGACGAUGCUGUGAAGGCCUGGGCGUAUUUGAGUCCGGAUCAAGUCUUGGAACAGGCUCGAGCACUCGAUAAGAUUCCCAAGGCUCAACGAGGUCCUUUACAUGGCGUUGCUGUUGGUGUGAAGGAUGUCAUUUACACGAAGGGCAUGCCGACUCAGCACAACUCGCCGAUCUACAAAGAUGACCAGCCCGAAGUCGAUGCCGCGAGCGUGAUCAUGCUCCGCCAUGCCGGUGCGCUACUCCUCGGAAAGACGACAACCACAACCUUCGCAGCAAACACAGUAGGCACCAAGACGGCCAACGCCCACCAUCCAAACCGCACGCCCGGCGGCUCAUCAUCCGGCUCAGGCGCCGCAGUGGCCGACUUCCAAGUCCCUCUAGCCCUCGGCACCCAGACCGGCGGCUCCGUGAUCCGCCCCGCGAGUUUCAACGGCAUCUACGGCUUCAAACCGACCUGGAACGCCAUCUCCCGAGAAGGCCAAAAGAUCUACAGCCUCGACUUCGACACGCUCGGAUACUACGCACGAUCGAUCGAGGACCUGGAGCUGCUCAGCGACGUCUUCGGUCUGAAAGACGACGAGCCUCCCACGUCGAUCGGCAAUGGCGUCAAGGGUCUCAAAUUCGCCUUCUUCAAAACACCGCAAUGGUCGCACGCCGGCCCUAAUUUGAAAAAAGCUUUCGAAGACGGCAAGACCCAGCUCCAAGAAGCCGGAGCCCAAGUCGAAGAAAUCGACGCCCCGCCAGGGUUCGAAAACCUCGCCAAAUGGCACACGUGCGUCCUCUACUCCGAAGGCCGGGUCAAUUUCCGUCCCCUCUACCAAACCGCGAAACACCUCCUCCCCCAAGACCUCGUCGAGCACGUCGAGGAAAAGCACGGAUAUACCCGCAAAGACUCCCUCGAAGCCUUCGACGGGAUCGCGUCUUGGAGGCCGAAGUGGGACGCCAUUGCCGAGAAGUACGACGCUGUUGUGGUGCCUUCUGUGCCGGAUGAGGCGCCUGAGGGGCUGGGGCAUACGGGCAGUGCGGUGUUCAAUGCGGUCUGGACGGCGUUGCAUGUGCCUGUUGUGAAUAUCCCAGGGUUUAAGGGGGAGCAUGCCAUGCCGGUUGGGUUGAGUCUUACGACGCCGAGGUAUAGGGAUUUGGCGUUGCUGAAUGUUGCGAGGGAGGUGGCGAGCGUGUGGGUACGGUGA